AUGCCCUCUCAACCCCCACUACCGCCCCUCCUUGCUCCAUAUGUAUCAAAUCUGCCCGACUCAUCUCUGACGCUAGUCUCUUCUAUACUUGGUGCGACUUCAAACUGGUUGGUCCUGAGAUUUCUUCAUGCUGCGCUGAGCUCGCCGAGCCCCAAUGUGGCAUUUGGCUCAGAUGAGCUGCACAAUGGCAUCAAGAAGAAAGUGGUGCUGGUAAGCUUCAUGCGGAGUUAUGAGUUCUGGAGGACCGAGGCAAAGCGACUGGGACUUGACCUUGCACGUCUGGCAGAUAAGCAACAAUUUGCAUUCGUAGAUGGCCUGUCUGAGCUGUUCUACGCACCGCAAGCCACAGCAACUCCUCCCAGUAUCUCACCGGCUGGUCUGGGAAGCAGCCCACGCACAACGCUUCCAAUGCGGUCUACACCUGGUGCCGUACCUGGAAGGUCACCACAGCCGGUGGCACCAACAGCCACAGGAGUUCGAGGAAAUGUGACGCCGAAGCAGGCUGAACCUGGGAUUGCAAAGAAGCUUCAUUUCUCUGGCCGUGGUCUUGCCUCCCUUGAUGCACUGGAGAAAGAUAUCCUAUCAGUGAUUGAACAGCAAAAGAGUUCAAUGGAAGAUGGUGAUGAGGUUCUCCUCAUUAUAGACCAGCCUGACCUGCUCCUUGCUGCGACAGGUCCAAGUAUGGGAAUCGGAGCAACAGAGAUGUCGGAGUGGAUCACAGCGCUACAACAGCAUGCACAUGCUACGGUUUUGACGUUAGCUACGGAUGCCCCAUUAAUACACAAUGCAUCUACAUUGGGAGAGCAGCUGGCUACGCCAAUAGAGACAGAACAUGCAGCACUUGUCAUUGGGCUGGCGCAUCGGGCUUGGUCGGUCAUGCAGCUCCGCACUUUGGAUACUGGAGCCGCAAAAGAUGUGAGCGGGGUACUGAGAAUCAGCCGAGGUGGUGGGCUGAACACGAGUGAAGAUGAGAGCCUGGAAGAGCGAGAGGCGUUGUACUUCAUUCAACGGGAUGGCGGUGUCAAGGUGUUUGGCCGUGGAGAAUCAUGA